AUGGGGAAGAAAGGUAAGAAGGGAAAGAAGGGUAAGAAGAAGGAAAAGAAAGAGAAGGACAUGACUGAGGUCACAAAAGAGAUGUUCGAAAUCACUGUGAAGGACCUCACAGAAAAGCUGGAGCGCUGCCGCUCAAAAUGUGCAACCCUGGAGGAAUCCAACACAGACCUCUCGAACCGCUACAAUCAGCUGUCGACGGACCUAGCUGACGUCAUCAGCUUCCUGAAACUGCGCCUGGAACAGAAGCGUGACGAGCUGGUCGAGCUGACGGAGCGGCUGGAGGGUCUGGACGCCAUCCGCAACCAGGAGCAGCAGGAGUGUCGAGAGAUGAAGGACAAACUGGAGGGCGACAUGAAGCGCAUGCAGUCGGAGCUGACCGCCGAGGUGCAGAUGCUGACCACCAAGCUGACCUCCCUAGAAGAGUUCCGCCGGAUGCGGGAGAAGCUGUUCGCCGAGAAGAGCGAGCUGGAGCAGCAGUUGGAGCAGCAGCGACAGGACGCCGAGGAGCGUGUCUACCAGGCCAACCGGCAGCGCGUCAUCGACAGCGACCAGCUGCAGAAGGACUGCGUCAAAAACAUCGCCACCGUGGCGCAGGCGUUCCAGGAGGCCACCCGGCAGCGGGUCAACCAGACCACCCACCGCACACUGCGCGAGAACAUCUGUCUGACCGCGCAGAUGGCCCUGAUCGCCGAUAAAGCGCGCCACCUCGACUCGGACAACGCGUCACUGCGCGCCAGGGCGGUGGAGAACGGCCGCGUGCUGAGCUCGCUGGAAUGGAGCGAACAGUCGCUGGUGAGCGCCACGCGCCGGCACGAGCAGGAGCUGGCGCGGCUGCAGGACCGGAACCGGGCGCUGACGGAGGAGGUGCAGCAGCACAGCCAGGUGGCCGGCCAGCUGGAGCAGCAGCAGUGCCGCGUCAGGAAGCUGGAGGCGCGCCUGUCGCAGCAGCAGGGCCUGCUGGAGGAGGCGGCCGUGGUGCGCACCGAGCAGGCGCUGCUGGUCGAACGGCUCUCUGAGGAGCUCCAGCAGGAGACCGAGCUGCGCGCGCGCCUCCAGACGGUGGUCACACACGCCGGCAGCGUGGUGCGCCGCGCGCUGGCCGUGACGCCGGCCGGCACCGGCGGCGAGCCGCGGCGUGGCCUGCUCGAACAGCUGCUGACCGUGCUGACUACAGCAGCUCUGCGCGACCAGCAGCACCGGCUGCGGCCGCUGCCGCCACCGCCCGUCAACCAGCUGCCGCGCAGCCUGCGCACCGGCGCGCUAGGCAUCACCCCCGGCGGUGACGGUGCCCUCCGACUGAAGAGGACGGACAGCCUCAUCCGGGAGCUGGAGGAGGUGGCGGCCGAGUUCCGCGACCAGUGA